AUGUGGAGAGCUAGCCCAGUUUCUUUUUCCUUAUCUUUUGGUCCUGGAGAAUCAUCUUCUGAAAAGAAGAAAAGGAGGAAGUUUGUUCCUAUUGAAGCCUCAGUGCCAAAUAAAAGCAAGAUUGAAGAUAUUGUUGUAAUUGAUGAUCCAGAAUCCCCUACAGCUAGAGGAGUUUCAGAAAUGGUUAAGCAGGAAGUUGGAGACUCGGAUUAUGAGUCUAAUUUGUCAAAGCCAAUUGUUAGUGCAGCGGACAGAAGACAUGGGUGGCCUCACAAUGCAGUGGCACUGUUUCAGCACAUGCAACAAACAGGUUUCCACCUCAAUCACUUUCUAUUUGACAGGGUACUCCCGCACUGGGCUAAAAAUGGGAGUUUUUUGAACAGGGUAUGGAAUCGAUCAAGGCAUAAUGAAUGGAGAUUAUUGUCAGAUACUACUGUUGGAAAUGCUCUGAUAGACAUGUAUGCAAAAUGUGGAAGCAUAAGCAGGGCACGUGAACUGUUUGCUCGCAUGACUCAAAAGAAAUGUGGCCUCAUGGAAUGCCAUGAUUGA